AUGAAUUAAACUUUUUAAGAGAAGGAAUUUCUAGCUGACAUCUUUGCUUAAGUUAAAGGUGUAGAUUAACAAAUAUUUGGUGUCACUUUAGAAAUAUUUCGAAAGGAAAAAGUUUAAGACUGCAUUGGAUAUCUUUCAAAUAAUGGAAAUCAAAGACAUUUAGAGUAAUAAAUCUUACAAGGACUGAAUUUUUCGCAAAUUAAAAAUGAAUAGAAUUUGUAUGUGGUGAGAAAUGACAUGAAAUAAAUGACAGACGUCUUAAUAAAAUUAAUAGAUCAUGGCUUCAAUAACAAAAACUAUUCUAGUGAAGGAUAUUUUAAAUAUAUACAAGAUCUAAUUAUAAGCAUAAAUAAUAAUAGAUAAAUCAUUGAAUUUUUAUAAUUUAUAGUUCAACUCACAUCCAUAGAUAAUAAUUUAAUUUAAUGUGGGUCUAAUUCAUUAUAUAUCUUAGUUUAAAUGAAGAUUGAUAUUAGAAACAAAAAUUUUGAAAAUAUUAAGAUCUAAAAUACUUCUUUAAUCGGAUCUAAUUUUGUUAGGUGUAAUUUAAGUGGAUCAGAAUUUGAUAAUGUUAACAUAAAUGGGAUGAAUUUGAAUGGAGCAUUAUUAUUUAAUUGUAAAUGGAAGAAUUUGAAAAUACAUGAACUUAACAAAUUAGAUGGUCAUAGUGAAUGUGUGAUAUCAGUCUGUAUUUCUCCUGAUGGAAAUACAUUAGCAUCUGGUAGUCAUGAUAAGUCUAUUUGUCUAUGGGAUAUAAAAACAGGGUAAUAAAAAGCCAAAUUAAAUGGUCAUACUGAGAUUAUAACUUAAGUCUGUUUUUCUCCUAACGGAAAUACAUUAGCAUCUAGUAGUUAUGAUAAUUCAAUCCAUCUCUGGGAUCUUAAAACCAAAAAAAAAAUAGCAAAAUUGGAUGGUCAUACUUGGUGGGUAAUCUCAGUCUGUUUCUCUCCUGAUGGAAAUAUAUUAGCAUCUGGUAGUUAAGAUAAUUCUAUCCGAUUAUGGGAUGUAAAAACUGGAUAAUAAUUAUCCUAAUUAGAUGGUCAUACUAAUUGUAUCAUAUCAGUCUGUUACUCUCCUGAUGGAACAACUUUAGCAUCUGGUAGUUCAGAUAAGUCUAUCCGAUUAUGGGACGUGAAAACAGGAUAAGAAAAAGCCAUGCUGAAUGGUCAAAGUGAUUGUAUCUCCUCUGUCUGUUUCUCUCCUGAUGGAUAUACUUUAGCAUCGGGUAGUAUAGAUAACUCUAUCUGUUUAUGGGACGUAAAAACAGGAUAAGAAAAGGCCAUGCUGAAAGGUGAAAGUGAUUGCAUCUACUCAGUCUGUUUCUCUCCUGAUGGAAAUACAUUAGCUUCUGGUAGUUAAGAUAAUUCUAUCCGAUUAUGGGAUGUAAAAACUGGAUAAUAAAAAGCUAUGCUUAAUGGUCACACUAAUAAUAUCUAUUCAGUCUGUUUUUCUCCUGAUGGAAAUAUAUUAGCCUCUGGUAGUAAAGAUAAGUCUAUCCGCCUCUGGGAUGUCAGAAAUGAAAAAGAAAUUUCUGCCCUUGAUAAAACUUAUAAAGAUAUUUUUGCUUAAUUUAAAACACUACUUUUUUUAAACAAUCCUUUUUCAGGUAUUUAAUUUUUUAAUGAUUAUUUAGAUUUUAAUUAUUCAAUUCUAGUAAUAUCCAAAGACAUAAUAUUAGAAACAUAGGGGACAUUUUUCUUGGAAGGGAAAUUCAUUAACCAUUAAGGGAAAGAUUUAACAUCAUUAUUUCAAUCCAAAAAAAGUUACAUUUUGCAAAACAUCAUAUUAAAGUGA